UGAUGUCAUAGAAUUAGUUAGGAAGAUAAUUGAAGUUAUGCUGAUUGAGUAGUAGGACCACACCAUAGCUCAAGAUAUUUGGGAACUAGUGCUAAGGAGAAUAUUUUGACAUAAAAUGAAGGAAAUAGCAUGAAAACAAUGGGAAAAUGUACAACCAGAAGCUUCAUAAUUCAUCUGUAAUUUUAAAGCUGUUAAACAGAGGAUGAUAGAUUCGAGGAUAUAGUAUUGCAUGGAGAGUGUAUGCAAUUCAUAUAAAAUUUUAAUCAAAAAGGCUCAAGGGAAGAGACAACUUUGGAACCUUUAUCAAUUAUGACAUUACAGUGAUGAUACCGCUUCAUUUUGACAUAGAUCACUUUUCAGUCACCAGCCACUAUUCCUCUGCAGCUGUCUUCUUACUGUUUCCCCUCUAGAAGCAUGAGUACAUGGUGUGCCUAAAUAAAGUUCUUAUUUACUUCAUUUUCACAGAUACACAUGUAUAGCACAAAACAAAAUUUUAGUAAUUAAACUGUAUUCGUCAAAUGAGAUAUGUGCAUUUGUUCUCUCAUGAGAUGGGGUACUUCUGUAGAAAAUGCUGUGAUUGAUACUAAUCAUUGUUAUUUUAUGUUAUUAUGUUUGUUCUCAUCAGUAUUUUUAUUACCGAUAUUGUAGUUCUUACUCCUGCACACUACUUCUAUUUCUGUAAAGUAUGUCAAAGCAUUAUUCAACAUAAAACCAUAGGAAAUAAGCCAAUAAAAUGAUUCUUUUUAAAUUUCUUGAGUUCUUGGAGAUCUGAUGCUGCAUUAACCUCAAAGAAAGUUGAACUUACUUUGUUAUCAGUCUGUUGUUCAUGAGAAGUUAUACAGUUGCUUAUUCUUUUCAAGUCUGGAGAUGUAUGGAAACAAAAAUGCUUUAACAUCCUCUGCAGCCUAGGUACUGUUCACAGAUAUAGAGAAAAGUGAUGCUUGUAAGUAAAGCCUUGUACGUUGGAAAAGUACAAAUCACAGCGUAUUAAUGUUUAAAUGUAUUUUAACCAGAAUGGAUUACUAUUUCUUUAAUGAUUUGCACCGGUGAUUGUACUUGUGUCAUUUUUCCGAUCAACUGUCAUUCAUGUCUUUAUGGUGGCAUUGAACUUCAGGCAUCAGUUCGAGAGGACAUCUUGUACAUGCUGACUGUGUAUGACACUGUGUGGUGUGUGGUGUUGAAAGCAAAUUAUUUGGGGUGUUUGGAAAGGGCACAUUAAAGAUUGCGAUUGUCAUAAUACCUGAUGCAUUCAGAUAUACAUGUAUACGAAUAUAGGCUGUUCAAUAGUGUGCCUUUCUUAUGCAUUACAUUUUUGGCAGCAUAUAUCUCAUUACAUGAAGUGUAUAUGUACAGAACUUCAGAGUCUUAAGUAAAGUCAGUGCUUAAGAACAGCACAUUAUGAGAAAAGAAAAGAUAAAAAUGAUGCUGACAUCCAAGCUGUUGUUAUAAUAAAGUAAUAAAAUGCAUUUAAGAGAACUGAGAAACAAUUUAACUCUUGUAAUAAAAUAUACAUUAUUUUAUGUAUUAAUGAACGCACCUUUAUGAGUAAGAAGAAAUGCUUGCUGUACCCUUCAAAGAAAAUAAUUAAGAACAAGGAUUUCAGUAUUAUAUAUGGAAACUAGUUUUGUGGUUUUAGUGUUAAAUCCAGCUGUGUAAAUUGAAGUUCUUUGUGGGGUGGAAUCAAGUUUAAGUAUAUAAGCUUGUGUUUAAUUCCUCACAUUAAAUGGACUGUAUCUUUAUAGCUAGUUUCACUAGUAUGCAAAUAUUGAUACUCUGUAUGCAAUUGGAAGCUUAUAUUCAGCACUAUACAUGAUCUUCAUGCUGACUAAAAUGCCAAGUCACAUUCUUCAAGUGUGUGUGUUCAUUAUGGUUCUCUGUAACUGGCUGGUAAUUGUGGGAUGCUUGUUGGAUGAUGUGACAAAAACGACCGGUUUACAUGAAUUUGAGCUGGGUGGCAAUGAGAUAUUUUACAAUGCUGGACAGAGACCCAAAAAGAAACUCAAAGACACAGGUUCAAAACUGGAGAACUCAAUUUUGAAAUCAAAAGUUGAAGUAUUAGGAGAAGUGCUGAAGAAACAUGUGAACAGCCUACGAGCAGCAAAUAAUAAACAGGUUGAGCUAGUGUUUCUUGUGGAUUCAUCAGCCAGCGUGGGUGCAGAAAAUUUUGAGAGUGAGCUGAAGUUUGUUCGGAAGCUGCUUGCAGAUUUUACUGUCUCUGAGAAUGCUACACGUGUUUCUGUGAUAGCAUAUUCUUCCCCUGACAGUGUGGUAAUAUUUAUUCGACAUUUAAAUGUACCAUAAAAUGUAUAGGUUACAGUGACAUUAAUUCUUAGGUACCUGAGUUGUCUAACCCUGAAGUUCCUUACAUAUUCUAUGUAUUGGUAAGGUU